CGGUCACUGAGCGCUGCUGAAGUUGCGGAGGGGCUGAGCGCUGUUACCAUGGAUUUCUAAACGCUAUUGAGGUGAACCGGUCUCUUUCAGGAGAGAGAGGAAGAGAGAGAGAGAGAGAGAGAGAAGGAUAGAGAGAGAGGAAUAGAGAGCUGUGGACUGUGAAUCGUUCUCCUCCCGAUACUCCACCACAUCCCCCCCGUACACCGAGUACCACCAUCUACCUGCUGCAAGAACCCGACUGACGCUCAGCCGCCGCUGCAGGUCACCUGAAAACUCCUCUGCACCAGUGAUUUCCUCAAACCCACUCAAGGAUAUAAAGUUUGGUGACCCGUGUGCUGCCACUUCCUGAGAGACACAGGUCACAAGUUCCUCGUUACUGCUGGAGUGAGAUGCUCUGAGAUCUGGUCCAGGCCAGUCUAUUCCUCCACUCAGCUCCUGAGGUGAGUCCAGGGAUGCGGUUGCCGUGGAGACGGGGUGUAGCCCUCCUAUUGGGGGUGUUCCUCAGUACCUGCUGCUUUCAGCUCAUCAGUGCACUGGAUAUUCCUCUCGAGGUUUUAGGUCGGAUAAACAUUGAACAGCUGCCCUCCAUAACGGAUCAGUCUCCAGUCUCCCUCAUCGCUCUGCCCUUUGAAGAAAGCUUUCCUGUAAAGUGUGAAGCUACAGGCAACCCUGAACCAGAAUUCAAAUGGACAAAGAACGGUCAAGACUUCGAUCCUUUUCUGGAUCCUCGGUUGUUAACGCAGGAAGAUUCUGGAACGUUUGUGAUUCCCAACAACGGGAAUCUCACCGAAUUCCAGGGCGUCUAUCGCUGCUAUGCCGCCAACAAGCUGGGGACGGCCAUGUCCGAGAAAAUCGAAUUCAUCGUUCCCAAUGUUCCAAAAUUCCCAAAAGAGAAAAUAGAGCCGAUCGAGGUGGAGGAAGGACAGCCGGUUAUUCUGGAAUGUAAUCCACCUAAAGGAAUUCCUCCUCUACAGAUCUACUGGAUGACCAUCGGUCUGCAGCACAUCGAGCAGGACGAGCGAGUUUCCGUCGGGCUGAACGGAAACCUGUAUUUCUCUAACGCCGUUCAGACAGACAGCCGGAGAGAUUACUGCUGCUUCGCCGCUUUCCCCCGAAUUCGUACCAUCGUCCAGAAAACCGCCAUGUCCGUCAUCGUCUCCAGCACAAAGUCAAUGAGUUACUCUGAUAGCAGCAGAAGCUCUGCAAACUCUAUUCUGGAGAGGAAGCCCAGUCUGCUGUUGCCCUCUGGUGAUCGAACCAACAAACACCUGGUGAAAGGAGAAGAGCUGCUGCUGGAGUGCAUCGGGGAAGGAUUCCCGACGCCGCAGAUGGAGUGGGUGAAGUUGGGGCAGAAGCUCCCGGAGCGAGCCGUGGUGGAGAACCACGGGAAACUCCUCACUAUAGAGAACGUGAACGAAGAGGACGAAGGGAAAUACAUGUGCAAAGCUAUAAACGCUCACGGAGAAGCUGUGCACUACUUUCACGUUACAGUGGAAGAACCUCCAGAGUGGGAGGUGGAACCCAAGAGCCAGUUGAAUAUGAUUGGUGCCAACGUGGUCAUCGAGUGUUCAGCGUCGGGCAGGCCGACGCCCACCGUGGCGUGGAGAGUAAACGGACGCCCUCUCAGCGAGGUUCCAUCGAGUAAACGGACUCUUCGUGACGACAAAAUCUACAUCCAUAACGCCGGCCCCGGAGACAGCGCCGUUUACCAGUGCGAAGCCUCCAACCGCCACGGCACCAUCCUGACCAACGCCAACAUCAUGAUCAUGAAUCUGCGUCCGCUGAUCCUGACGGAGAACGGGGUGCAGUACACGGUGGUGGAGGGGAAAGCAGUGAUGAUGCACUGCAGAGUCUUCAGCUCUCCGCUCUCAGCCAUCACCUGGUCUAAGGUGGACAGCGCCAGCGCGGUGGAGGGUCCGCGGUUCAGUGUUUAUAAGAACGGGUCUCUGGAGAUCCACAGUGUGGAGAGAGAGGACGAGGGGGAGUACUCCUGCUUCACCGAGAACACCGAGGGCAAAUCAGCCAUCAGCGCCGUGCUGGAGGUGAAAGCUCCUACAAGAAUAGUGGACCCUCCUCAGGACCUGCGUAUUCUGGUGGGCACCACGGCCCAGUUCUCAUGCCAGGCUGAGCUGGACCCUUCCUUCAGUGAAGACUACGAGAUCAUCUGGGAGAAAGAUGGCGUCGCCCUCAACGACAGUGAGAGUACCGGGUAUAUUGUGGAUGACGAGAUGCUCCAGAUCGUUAACGUGAGCUUCAGGGAUCAGGGUGUGUACGUCUGCGUGGCCAGAAGUCCAGUAGAUGAGGACUCUGCACUGGCACUGCUAACAGUACUGGAUGUUCCCGAUGCCCCGGAGGACGUGGUGCUGGCCGAGCGCAGAGACAGAACUGUGAAGCUGAAAUGGAUCCCAGGAGACGACCAUAACAGCACCACCACGGAAUUCAUCGUGGAGUUUGAGGAGAGUCAGUGGAAGCCGGGAAGCUGGAGGGAACUGAUGCGAGUUCCUGGAAAUCAUCACUCGGCUCUGCUGAAGCUCCACGGACACGUGGACUACAGCUUCCGCGUCUCGGGGGUUAACGAGGUCGGGCGAGGGCGUUCCAGCGGCGCCAGCGAGAGAUACCGAACCCCGGCAUCAGCUCCCGACAAGAACCCCGAAAAUAUCAAGAUCGAAGGUCAUUUGCCACAUGAAAUGGAUAUCAACUGGGAGCCUCUUCCCCCGAUGGAACACAACGGUCCAGGGUUGGAGUAUAAAGUGAGUUACCGGCGACAGGGUUCGGAGGAGGACUGGCAGGAGCACAUGGUGAAGCGACACUCUUUCGUGGUGAAAAAUACGCCGACGUUCGUCCCGUACGAGGUGAAGAUCCAGGCCAGGAACCAUGCCGGCUGGGCUCCAGAACCCAAAACUGUGGUGGCUUAUUCUGGAGAAGACUUUUUCUUUCGGAGUUGCCCUCCCGAUGUUCCAUCAGCAGCUCCGGAUGACGUGGAGGUGGAGGUGAUGAACAACUCGGUGGUGAAGGUCAGCUGGAGUCGAGUUCAUAAGGAUAAAUUGCACGGACAUCUCGGAGGCUACAGGGUGAACUGGUGGCGGUUGAGGAGUCUGCUGGACUCCAGGAAGACUCACGGUGAUAAACAUAUGCUGAUGUUUUCUGGAGACAGAAACCACGCCCUGAUCCCGGGACUCCGCCCCUUCUCUGAGUACAGCCUCAUAGUGAUGGCCUUUAACGGGCGAGGGAACGGACCGGGGAGCCACCCAGUCAUCUUCAAAACUCCAGAGGGAGUUCCGGAUCAGGCUGCGGUUUUCAGGGCUACAGAUAUUCAGAAGCACACGGUGACCCUCACCUGGUCUCCUCCAGCAGAGCCCAACGGCUUCCUCACCGGCUACAUCCUGCAGUAUCAGCUGAUUAACAACACAGAGGAAGUCGGACCCCUGGAAUCUGUGAACAUCACCGGCGCCGACACCACUAAGUGGCUCCUCCAGGAUCUGGAGCCGGUGAGCCGGUACCGGUUCUACCUGCAGAGCUGCACCCGGGCGGGGUGCGGUCCGGCCGCCAGCGAGGAGAGCACCACCGUCCCCGAAGCCCCUUCAACAGAUGUGCCCACUUUCAACAUCAGACAGUCCAGAACUCGUUCUCCUCCAACAGCGUCCGUCUCCCCUGUGCUUAAUUCCACACUAUCCUCUUCUAUAGAUCUGGCCUCCAUCCACGGAGGAAUCUCCAAUCAGGGCUGGUUCAUCGGGCUGAUGUGCGCCGUGGCUCUGCUCACGCUCAUCGUGCUCAUCGCCUGCUUUGUGAACAGGAACAAAGGAGGAAAGUACUCAGUGAAAGAGAAGGAAGACCUCCAUCCAGACGUCGAGUCUCAAGGAAUGAACGAUGAUACCUUCUGUGAAUACAGCGAUAACGACGAGAAGCCCCUAAAGGGCAGCCAGCCCUCGCUGACGGGGGACAUGAAGGACAGGGACAGCGGGGACAGCAUGGUGGACUACGGAGACGAGGACGUCCACUUCAACGAGGACGGAUCUUUCAUCGGAGAAUACGGCGGACGCAAGGAGAGGGUCUCCACAGAAAUCAAGGCCACCAAUCAGAGCACGGCGUGAGACGAGGACGGCGGACAAAUACAAACUAUACUGGACAUCACUUCUGGACAGAAAAUUGACAGAAACGAGGGACAAAAAGGGAAGAAAAGAAAAGAAAACGAGAAAAAGAAAAUGACAUAAUCCACCUGAAGCGCUUUUUUAUUUUAAACAUAAGAAUUAAUGUGUUUAUGAUUAUCAUCGUCCACACCGUCACGCUUACGUUAUUUUAUAAAGCUUAGUCUCACAUGUAUUAUAACAGAUCAUCACAUUCAGCUGUAUAUAAAACCGCCUCCCGUGAUUUAUUUGUUUUUGUAUUUGCUGAGAAUCUGUCGAAACUUUGGAGCUGCCGGAACUACUUUCCACAUUUUAAUCAUAAUUUCCAUAAUUUCCCUCUUUUCUUUUUGUAACGUGACCUGUGUUUAUAAUUCAGGAGAUUGGAGUAGAAAAAAAGAGAAGAAAAGAAAAGAUGAGGAAUUUACACUGCAAAAAAAAUGAAAGUUAAAUCCUCUUAAAUGUAGUUUAAAUAUUUGACUAUAAGGAUAUUUCUCAUUUGUUUUGCAUGAUUUCGAGUCCUAUUUUACACCCUUUGCAAUUAGAAUCACAAUGCUGGUUUAAACAGCAGCAGAGCUUCUGAAUAUAUCUACACUGAUGGGCGUGGUGUUCUGGAAAUGAGGUGUGUUCAGGUACAUUUCUGGAGUUUUAUCUUGUUUAUCUUGGUAACAGAAAACACAGGAGCUCCACUGACUGAAUACAACCUAGACAGACGCCAACAGUCUGACGUUCAUCGCUAUCUCGGUAACACAGGCUCUGUGCCGAGCCGAGCUUACACCCCUACUUAUUACACACACAUGAACACACAGCAGCACAAACCCAACUUUUACAUCAACAAUAAACAGAAUAGUAAAUAAAAUAACAUUGCUGUUCCCGUAAAUGAGCUGCUGGAGCUCCUUCACAGCGUCAACCAGCAGCUCAGUUUCCUCUGCUGAGAAGAGUUUGUUGAACACGUCCAGGUAGCUGCACCGUUACAAUAGCAAUCCACCAAAGUCAGAGCUCACCUGAUCUACUCUUAAAGAGACACUCUGAUUGGUUUAUUAUUUCACGUUCCACCCAAAAUGAACCACACCAAUCAUUAAUUAAGAGAAUUAGUACUAGAAUUAGACUUGCCGUGCAUGAUGUACUUUUCCCGUCGUUAUGAUAGCAAAGACACACUGACACGCCCUAAAUCAAGCUGCACAGUGCACUGUCGACAGCUUCCCUAUAGAUCACUAAUAUAGGACCCUUAAUCUACUAAAAGUGUCUUAUUGUAUUGGCAUAUAUUUAUGCCUGGUUUAAACAUUAUUGCUUAGCAAAAAAAAUAAAAACUUAAAAUUUAAGCAAAACUGAUUUAAGCAAAACUAUCUGCCAAUACAAUAAGACACUUUUACUUUAGUAGAUUAAAUCACUUAAAAAAAACAAGUACAAGAAAAAGUCAGCUAUUGAUCCUUAUAAUAUUGUUUUAAUAAUAUUUAAAUGAGAAAUAUGAGAAAUAUAUAGACUACAUUUAAGAUGA